CGAGAGGUAAACCAAGCAAGAUAGAAACAAACAAGGCGAGAGAGAGAGAGAGAGAGAGAGAGAGAGAGAGAAAGGGAAAAGGGAAAGCAGAAACGGGUCCUCCUCCUCCUCGUCUUCCUCGUGGGUAUCUCCUCUUUCCAGAGAGAAUUCUACUGCACACAGAAGAGAAGCAGUUCGGGGAAGGGAGCAGGCGGUGAUGAUGGAAGGCUUCUCGCCGGCUUCUCCUCCCCGGAUCUUUUGGAAUUCCCGCAAGAGAUCAGGUUUCUUACCGGUGAUUGCCGAUUUGGGGCUGCCGUGCCAGUUAUUCCCGCAUCUUCGCUUUACCGGCAUCACCGGGACUACUGCCCGGAGCUUGGAAGACGCAGCAGUGCGCGCCGUCGCUCGAGCGAAGGAACCGGGUGAAACAGCGAAAGCCCACCCGGCUGCGGCUGACGAGCACCGCCCGGAGGAGGAGGAGAAGGUAGGCAAAGCCGCUUUGUCCGAACGUCGGCAGGCGCUGUUCGAGCCACUGGAGCCCAGCUCCUACGGGCGUCGCACCCCGGCCGACGUCCUGCUCCCUCCGCCCGACUUCGAUCCCACCUGCUACCCCAAGGGAUGGCUGGUGGGGAAGAAGCGGAAGCUCGUGAACGUCGACGUGGUGGAGAGCAUGCGGAGGAUCGCGAUCCAAGAGAUGAACAGGAAGGACAAGGAGAUCGACGGACUGAACGAGCAGCUGGAGGAGGACGCGCGCUGCCUGGAACACCUGCAGGUGCAACUACUGGAAGAGCGGAGCAAAAGGGUGGAGGCGGAGAGGCAGAACGCCAUGCUUCAGGACCAAGUCUCGAUGCUCAUGAACGUGCUGGAAGAAACGCAAGCAGUAGAAGAGGAGGCCUCUGGGGAUCACUAAUGCCUCCGACGAUACCAUUCCUUCUACCUUCUACUCUAUAUGGAUCACAUUAAAUUCAUAUGUUAAACUAAUUUCAUGUACGUGUGUUGUGUGCAUUCACUUGUAAUGUUGCAGUCUGCGAAAGGUGUGAAGAUGUAAUUAACAAAGCAUAUAUACAAAAGAUUAGUUUUGCUAUU